UUUGGAACAAUUGGGAACUAGCAUAAAAUAAACUGAAACCUGUUAAAAUUGGAAGGAAUGGGAAAGGAGAAAGAAAAUGAGAUGAAUCUGGGUAAACGUCACACAGUAGAAUUAAUUAGCAGGCAGGCAUCAGGACCCUGCUGAAGUCCAGCCUCUGGAUCCCUAACUCAUCACAUGCUGCUGGAAACCACCAGAGAAACACAGAGGAAGGAGCAUGUAGUCACUGUCCCAUACACAUUUCAGCUGAUUGCAGGAGCCCUCAGACAAAAAUCAGCCUGAAGAAAAAGGAAGAUGUGUUGAAGAGUUGAUUCUCUUGACAGAGCUACAAGCAGCCUAUUUCUGAAGAAUGGCACUGAGUGACCUCCUUUACCCAGACAACCCCAAGAGACGGCAAGAACUGAUCCAUCUGCACCAGGAAUUGCUUGAUUGCAUGUCCACAAAUUUCCAUGCAACAAAUGAGCUGGCUAGAGUGCUGAAUGAACACCUGGGCUGUACCAUUACCUACAUUCAGAUGAGAAGGAACAGCACUGUCAAGGAGAACUGUGACAUUAUCAUUCAAGCAAUGAGUGAGAUUCAGCAUCAGGUACAGAAGAUUGACAGCGACAUGAAGGAAAAGCUGGAGCCUGUGCUGUACCAGAAGCUGUAUGACAUCAAAGAGCCGGAGUUGGAGAAAAUUGCAAUAGCCCAAAAAGUUUUUUCCAUUGUUCUUGGAGAAGUGACCUCAACAGCAGGGAUGGUAGCUAUCAAACUGCUUGGCUCCAAUCUUAUAACUCUCACUGUGAGCAAGCUCGUCAGUCUCCUUGCGCAGAUCGGGGCAUCUGUUCUUGGAGGAAUCAGCAUCACCAUCCUCGGGCUCGGCAUUGAAAUGAUCCUCCAUGCCAUUCUGGGAGCCGUGGAGAGAAACCAGCUUCUGACAGCUGUGACAAGCUAUGAGAAGCAUCUGGCUGAGUUCAAAGAAGCCUCAGAAAAGUACCAGCAUGCCAUACGCGAAGUGACUUCUUUGGUGAGGCAGCAGGUUCAGUGAAUGAAGUCUAAGUUCUCCCUCCUGCUUUGACAUGGACUGCAGCAGCUGUGCCUGCAGAAACCUUUUAGAUUCAUCAUGGUCAAUUAAUUACUGAUGGCUUUUUUUUCUUAUGAGUGGCAGUGGAGCAAGAGAUGUGACAAAUCAGGGAAUCAGCACUGAGAUAUACUAAUAGGGAACUGGCUUACAGGUGCUUCUGGGAGGCAAUGCUUCAAAUACUUUGCACCUUUUCUUUAGCUGUUUUCUGGAAUGCAUUGUAGAUAACCUUGAACUGUACUAGUGAAAAUAAUAUUAAUUGCUGGCACAGCAGUGGUGAGAAGGUGUGAUUUUUCUCUUACUCCGUUUCUGUAUCAAAGACAACAACAUGAUGGGAGAAAACAAUUUCAAUGAAAACAGUCCAUGUCAGCAUCUGGAGGGCUCAUCAGGAGAGCUGUGGUUGCACAGGUGUUAAGGUGCAUUAGUGAUAAAUCGGAUAGGCUGAAUUCCCUGCUCAUGUAAGUGCUUAAAAGGAGUAGCUGAAGCAUAUUUAACUGCUGUUUCUUGGUCCAUCCCCGCCUAAGGAGCCAGUCAGAGAUCUUUAAGUAAACACUAAUCCUAGUAGAUUAGCAUGUAAGAAAAACACGAAUUUACAGGCAAACACAACCUUGCCCCACAGCUGAGUUUCCACUGGCUGCAGUGUUCCAGCCAUGCCCGGCUGUCAAUACCCUCUUAUAUUCAGUAGUCCCUGCUCCUGCCAACCCACAGCUAAUUAUUUCUGUGCACAGUUGCUGCUUUAUUGAUGGAAAGGGGAUUAUACACGCAUGAUUACAGCCCUAUUAAUGCAUUAAAUUUAUUUUCAAGUGCUUUACACAGUCCCACCAAUGCUGGAGUACCAAGAGUAUGCGCAGAUUCUGCAUUUC